AUGCCUGAUCUUUGUCAAAUCUCAGGUCAAAUCGUCUUAGACCUAAUUAUAUUUGACCAAUCUAAGAAAGAGACCGCUACAUUUAGUCAAAAUUUUAAGGAACUUCAUAAACGCUUAAAAUUCAAGUGGAAACUUCGUGUUAAUUCAGAAGAAAUAGCUACUACAACAAUCAGUGAUGCCCGUUUAUUGAUUAUACCUGGGCCAAUGGCAAAGUUUAGUUUGGAAGAGGUUAGAUUUGAAGUCAUUAAUAAAUACAUAGGUAACGGCGGCUCAGUCCUUAUUCUUCUUGGGGAAAAAUAUGACAGCGAAUAUUUAAUCAAUAUAAAUUUUCUGCUCAAACAAUACGGAAUAUCAGUAAAUAAUGAUUCGGUUGUUAGAACUUCUUACUACAAAUAUUUUCAUCCAAAAGAAGCUCUAAUUCCAAACGGAAUCUUAAACAGGAAUAUUGGUGAAAUAGCAGGCUGUCAAUCUGCAGGUGAUGUUAGUCCAAAAGAGGCCCUUCAAUUUGUCUAUGCCUUUGGAGCAACACUUAAUGUUGAUAAAACCGCCAAAGCUCUUCUUUCUACGGGCAGCGUUGCUUUUCCUCUCAAUCGUCCAGUCUGCGCCAUUAGUGAAAUUGAGAAUCCCAAUGGACCAACGGGAAAAAUAGCCGUUGUUGGGAGUGUAGCCAUGUUUACAGACGCCUACAUAAACAAGGAGGACAAUGGCAAGAUUUUCGACGUCAUUCUCUCAUUCCUCGCCUCGGAUAAGCUCAACUUGAAUGCUGUAGAUGCUCAGGAUCCAGAAAUCGAUUCAUACUUCCAAGUCCCAAAUAUUUCUAAACUUGCAAAUAACUUGAAGGCCUGUUUGGAGGAAAGUGAGGAGAUCCCGAAGAAAGUGGAGGACAUGUUUGAUCAGAAAUUAUUUUCGGUUGAUACGUCCUUGAUUCCCAAAGUGCUCGAGGCCUACGAAAAGCUAAGAGUUGUGCAUGAGCCACUCACUCUCAUAACGCCUGAGUUCGAGACCCCAUUGCCACCUCUACAACCUGCAGUAUUCCCUCCAACUUUCAGUAAAUUGGAGCCCCCACCCUUGGAACUAUUUGAUUUGGAUGAAGAAUUCUCAUCAGAAAAGACAAAACUUGCUGUAGAGGCAAAUAAAUGCACAGAAUGUGAUUUAGAGUAUUUUAUUCUUCAAUGUGGUGCUGUAUGUGGUAUCUCGCAAAAGCUGGCCGAAUCUCAGCGCACAGCUCGGAAUAUCCUGGAACAAAUUUUCAUGGAACUGGUAGAAUUUAAGAAAAUGAAUGUGAACAAUUAG